AUGGCCUUGCGAUUUCUGCUCGGCGCCGCCGAAGCAGGCUUCGGGCCUAGCAUUCCUUACCUGCUCAGUUUCUUCUACCUCAAACACGAGCAUGGCUUUCGCAGCGGGAUCUUCUUCGCGGCAGCUCCUCUCGCCAAUACGUUCGCUGGAGCUCUCGCGUACGGAAUCACGAGUGGUAACCCAGGCAUUGCCAAAUGGAGGCUACUUUUCCUUGUGGAAGGCAUUCCCACCAUCCUGGCUGCUCCUUUGGCCUGGUUCUUCCUCCCUGAUAGCCCGACUACUGCUCGGUUCUUGACUGCAGAAGAAAAGGAGGUUGCUCAGGCGAGAGUCAUCAGGCAGCAUGGUCACCAGGAGGCAGGCAAACACCGUGUCAGGCUCACGGAAGUCGGGCAAACCCUGCUUGACGCCAAAGCAUGGUUUACAGCGUUGAUGUACUUCUCGUGCAAUGUCUCUUACUCGUCCUUACCGGUCUUUUUGCCCACGAUCCUCAAUCAGAUGGGAUUCUCCUCCAUCAACGCACAAGGGCUGUCGGCUCCCCCAUAUUUUGUCUCGGCCAUUGUCACGAUUUCGACAUGUUGGAUUGCGGACCGAACUCAACAACGCGGACUCAUGAUUGCUUUUCUAAGUUGUGUAGGCGGGAUCGGUUAUAUCCUCCUGGCAACGUGCACAGCGGUAGCCCCGAGGUACCUCGGAACGUUUCUCUGUGCGUCCGGGGUGUUUCCCGCCAUUGCCAAUAUUCUACCGUGGGUUGUCAAUAACCAGGGAAGCGAUAGUCGUCGCGGAAUGGGAAUAAUCCUCCUCAACCUCGUUGGACAAUGUGGGCCACUUCUCGGCACUAGGAUAUUCCCCAAGUCCCAAGAGCCGCGAUAUGUUAAAGGGCAGAGUAUCUGUGCGGGAUUCAUGUUCUUCAAUGCAUUGCUGGCCCUGUCUCUGAGGACACUUUUGGUGUGGAAGAACAAGAGAUUGGACAGGAAGUAUGGAUCGCACGGUGGUUCGGAUAUGCAAAGGGCGACGAGUGGCGAGGCAGAUACGAAUGUGGGAGAAGAGAAUUAUGGCAGGACAUUCAGGUACAUUCUUUAG